CAACCACAACUCUAUGGUUAUCUAGAGCGUCGCAUUGCCCCCUUGAGGGAGCCUAUCUAUCUUCUCCAACCACAACUCUAUGGUUACGCAGAGCGUCGGGAUGGAAGCCCGUCUCCGCUCCCUCACCGCCGCUCUAUGGUUAACGCAGAUCGUCGCGUGAGGAGGAGGAAGAUCGCUCGCCGGGCGCUCAAGAUGGCGGCUGCCGUGCGGCAGGAGCUGACGCAGCUCAUGAGCUCCAGCGGCUCCCACAAAGACUUAGCCGGGAAGUAUCGUCAGAUCCUGGAAAAAGCAAUCCAGCUCUCUGGAGUCGAACAGCUAGAGGCACUAAAAGCCUUUGUAGAAGCAAUGGUAAAUGAAAAUGUCAGUUUAGUGAUUUCACGCCAGUUGCUGACAGACUUCUGUACGCAUCUUCCAAGCCUUCCUGAUAGCACAGCCAAAGAAAUAUAUCACUUCACCUUGGAAAAGAUUCAGCCUCGUGUAAUUUCAUUUGAGGAGCAGGUUGCUUCCAUAAGACAACAUCUUGCAUCAAUUUAUGAGAAAGAAGAAGACUGGCGUAAUGCAGCCCAAGUGUUGGUGGGGAUUCCUUUGGAAACAGGACAAAAGCAAUACAAUGUAGACUAUAAACUGGAGACCUAUCUGAAAAUUGCACGACUGUACCUGGAGGACGAUGAUCCUGUUCAAGCUGAAGCUUAUAUAAACAGGGCAUCUCUUCUUCAGAAUGAAUCAACUAAUGAACAGCUACAAAUACAUUAUAAGGUGUGCUACGCUCGUGUUCUUGACUACAGAAGGAAGUUCAUUGAAGCUGCCCAGAGAUAUAAUGAACUUUCUUACAAGAGUAUAGUCCAUGAAAGUGAGAGGCUAGAGGCAUUGAAGCACGCCUUGCACUGUACUAUCUUAGCAUCAGCAGGACAGCAGCGUUCUCGUAUGCUAGCCACUCUCUUCAAGGAUGAGAGGUGCCAGCAGCUUGCAGCCUAUGGGAUACUGGAAAAGAUGUAUCUGGACAGGAUUAUCAGAGGAAAUCAGCUGCAGGAAUUUGCUGCAAUGCUCAUGCCACACCAAAAAGCAACAACAGCUGAUGGUAAUCUUGCCUCCAAGUGUGGAUGUACCGUAUGCUGUGGACCACUUAAACACUGUUCAUGUUCUAGUAUUUUGGACAGAGCUGUCAUUGAACACAAUUUGCUGUCUGCAAGUAAAUUGUAUAACAACAUUACCUUUGAAGAACUUGGAGCACUAUUAGAAAUUCCUGCAGCCAAGGCAGAAAAGAUAGCCUCUCAAAUGAUAACAGAGGGUCGAAUGAAUGGAUUCAUUGAUCAGAUAGAUGGAAUAGUUCAUUUUGAAACUCGGGAAGCCUUACCAACCUGGGACAAACAGAUCCAGUCACUUUGCUUCCAAGUUAAUAAUCUUUUGGAGAAGAUUAGUCAGACUGCCCCAGAAUGGACAGCACAGGCCAUGGAGGCUCAGAUGGCACAGUAGACUUUUGUUUCUUUUCCUAUGUAGAGAAGAUGAUUUUUGUUCUUCUAAAAAUGUGAAACAAGCAUAAGAAACUGAACUUCUGGUUUUGUUCAACUUCUACUAAAAUACAAACUAUACAAGACGUAGACUGAUGCACAACAUGUUAAAACUCUUAAAGGAUUACCUUAAAGGAACAGCAGAAUAGCAUAACACUUGUUUUAAGGUGGAACUGAAGAAUAACAGGAAGGAGGAGAAAAAUGUGUUAAAGUUUUGUAUUAAAAUUUCAAUUGUUUUGAGGCCUUGUGAAUAUUUUUGUGGUGUGAAAACUAAGGUGCCAUGCUUUCUUUAGUUGUAAUUAUUCCAAUAAAGAAAAAAAAUAGACGUUAAUCUGAUACUAGACACCUGAAUUCUUUUCUUGCAUUUUGUUUUCCUCAUAAAACCUCACUAGACUUUCCAUGUUGAAUUUAUAGUCUUCGGAAGUGGCUAUUGUUAAAUGUAUUUUAAAAUCUGUGUAAGUAAAUGAGUUGAAACGUAACAUAUGCUUAUGUUUAUGGACUCUUCAUAUACAGAGCAGGAAGAAAGCAAGUUCAUUGAAGUUUUUUACAACCCUUGUUGGAUUUAUAUGAAUUUUGGGCAGGUGUGUGGUUAUCGGGGCUUAACUAAAAAUAGAGUGGGCAUUUCUGGGUGAAAGAUAGAGCAGAGAAGGUAGAAUAGUUGUAAAGUAAGAUUUCAUUUUCCUGUACAGCUCUUUACCUUCCCCAUAAUUAACAGAAGCAGAAUAAAAUAUUCAAUUCAAAAUA